CUGAGUUCACAUGACUUAAAUCAAUCACGUCAUGAAAUAAAUUUAAAAAAACAACUGAGCACCACCAAAACAGCACAAUACAUUGAAAUUACUUAUUUCAAACAUACAUUUGUUUAAACAUCACAAUGCAGGAAGAGGAGGUUUCGAGUAUUCAAGAAAAGAAAGGGUUCUCCCACGAAGCUAUGGUAACAAUGACAGAAAAAGAAUAUAAUGAUUUAGAAAAAGAAUAUAUUGAAGAAAAAGAAGCUGAAAGAAUAAAUGCUGAAAAUAUUGAAGCUGAAAAAAAGAAUGCAGAAAAAACAAUGCGACAUAUCUUGAACUGGAGAAUUAGGAAGGGAUGUAGGCCUUCGAAAACCAUCCAGGAAUUGUUAACCAAUUGGAUCGAGCAGUACGAAGAUAUGGAACGACCGACUGUUAUAAAACUUUCAAAUAGAGAGGUCAAUGAACAGAUUCAUACGGAUGUGAUUCCUGAAUUUUGUCAUUAUGACAAAAGUUAUUAUGUGAAUGAGGCGAUGAAAUGGAAAACGAAAAAAGAUAAAUAUCGCGGUGAAUAUAAGGAUUCCCCUGUGAAUAUUGAAACUGACAAAGUUAAGAAGUGCAAAUAUUACAGGAAGCUUAUCAUCACUGGGCUAUGGGAAAAGGAUAAGCUAAUAACCAUGUGUAACGCUGGAGACUCGGUGAGAGGAACUAUCUCGGGCGAAGUGUUGCUAUCGAGUGGACCCUUAUUUGGAAAUUAUAAGUUUCAGGAAUUUUCUUUAAAAUUUGGAGACACAAAUAAUAACGGAACAGAUCAUUCCAUAAAUGGACAAAGAUUUGCUCUGGAAUUCCAUAUGAAUUUUUAUCAAAUAAGUUACAAAGAAUGCCCACCGAGAGUCUUGAGGACAAGAAGCAGAAAUGCUGUUUUAGUAAUUCUAUUUCAAGAAAGCCAAGAACCACAAUAUUAUGAAUUAUUUUCUCUUAUUUCUCACUUAAAUAAAACAGGAAAGAAAAUUACCAUAACAGACAAUAUACUGUAUGACUUCAAAAAUGUUUUGUCGUCCUCAGAAUAUUAUAAUUAUGUUGGAUCUAGCUCGGAAAAGCCAUACUUGCCGAAUGUGGAGUGGUUUAUCUUUAAGAAAAUUCAACCAAUCCACAAAACACAGAUGGAACUUUUAUGGCAGUUAAGAAAAACUGGAACUUUAAAACCAACAUUCCAUCAAAUCCAACCAAUAGGAGAAAGGAUAGUAUUUGAGCCGAGUUACAAAUACCAUGAAAAGUGUCGGGGAAAACCUAUUUGUGAAUGCUAACUGGUGCUCUCACAAACAUAACAUCAGAAUAAAAACAAAUUACAUAUUUAUAUAGUCCAUUUUAACAAUAUACUGUACUGUCACACCG